AUGAACAAUAGACUUUCAUUUGGCAUAAUUAAGAAUGCCUCACUAACCUACUGGGAUGAACAGAUGAAAAAAUGUUGGGAGGGCUUAUCUUUUCCUCCCUUUGUAGGGGAUGGUCCUGUUGCAAGUCUUCAAUCAAGAGCUGAAUGUAGAUGGCAGCCCCCAGGCGAAGGAUGGGUGAAGUUAAACCUUGAUGGGGCAUCUCGUGGCAAUCCAAGGCAAGCAGGUAUAGGAUUCUAUGUUCAUAAUUGGGAAUGCAAAGAAAUCACCACCCUUGCCUCCCCAGUUGGCAUCAAAACCAACAAUUGGGCGGAAUUGAUGGCCCUGGUGGAAGGUUUGCAUCUGUUUAGGAAAUUAGGAGUAAAAAAUUUGGAUAUUGAAGGAGAUUCGGCUAUAAUUGUCAACGCUCUUAGGAAAGGCAACAUGCCUAACUGGAGACUAAACACUUUGCUAUCAAAGGCUAUUGACUUAUGCAAAGGUUUUGACAGGUUUAUAGUCAAUCAUAUUUAUAGGGAAGGUAACAAAAGAGCCGAUGAGCUGGCCAACAUGGGAGCGGAUGGCAUCAAGCUCCUCUCUAAGCCUCCCUAA